CCUUUCCUUUCUUCCUCUGCUCUCGCCUAUUAAACAUACCAAAACUCCGGCGAUCGAUCGAUCAUGGAUGCGGAGAAUCUGAAGGCAACGGAGCUUAGACUCGGGCUUCCGGGCGCCGAAGAAGAGCCUGAGCGCUUCCGUGGGUGGAAGCGAUUGAUGGUGGAGCCGGCGAGGGUGGACGGUGAGCCGGUGAUUGAGAUCUCGGAGGAUGAUGAAGGACAAGAUUCGAUGGCUUUGUCGAAAGCUCAAGUAGUGGGAUGGCCGCCGAUCGGGAUGAAUAGGAGGAGUGGUUUACAGGGGAGGAGGACGGAGACUAAUGGUGUCGCCGGUGGCGGCGGAAUAUAUGUGAAAGUUAGUAUGGAUGGCGCUCCGUACUUGAGAAAGAUUGAUCUGAAGGUUUACAGAAGUUACGAGGAGCUUAGAAAGGCGUUGGAAGAUAUGUUCAAGUGCUUCACCUCCGGGGAUUUUCUUCCGGCGUCCGUCGGAGGUCGCGGAUCGAGUUUUGCAAUUGCUUAUGAGGAUAAGGAUGGGGAUUGGAUGCUGGUUGGAGAUGUUCCAUGGAGGAUGUUUAUUUCUUCUUGCAAGAGGUUGAGGAUAAUGAGAGGAUCUGAAGCCAAAGGGUUGGGGUCAAUUCAUGAAUGAUUUUAAGUUUUUUUUUUUAUAAAUUUUGCUUGGGAAAUUCGAGUUGUAUAAAUAGAUGAUUAUGGAUCAUUCAUCAGUUAUAUAUAAUUUAAAAUUACAGAAAAGAAGGCAUCAAUU